AUGAAAUGGACCGACGAAAUUAACAAAAACCUACUCCUCUGUUACUUCACCGUUACUAAUCUCCAACAAAAUACAACAGGAUAUAGAAGUCAGUUAUAUCAGGCCUUUAUGAACAUCUAUCCAGAACUUAGGGAAAUGAUCACAGAACAAAGACUAUCAGACCAAAUUCGAGUCAUAAUACGAAACAACAGAAUAUCUCCAACAGAAAGAGAAACUAUAAGAAGACAAGCGGCCGAAGCCAUACAAAAUGAAGACGAACCACAAGCACAACAAUCAGCUUCACCUACAUCACACCCACAAACAAUCACACCAGAAACACCCGAAACACAUACCAUGCUGACUAACACACAAAGUUCAUCAGCAGAAUCGUCGAUAAGACACACCCAACACGAAACAUCAAUCCCGCCAACAAACACAUGCCAACCAUCUAACCAAAUUGAUGAAACAUUUAUUGAACUAUACGCCCAAUAUCAGGGAGCAAACCCAUCAUCCAGACCUUUCAUCACCAGACCACAAAACACACAAAACAUCAAAAACACCAUUGCAAUAAUUAAUAACAUCAUAGGGAAAAGGACUGAGGAAUCAAACAGCUGCCUAGACAUUGAAGAAAUUCUCACGCUCGUAUACUGUGGAGCAGCUACAACUAUGCGAACCCACGAACAGAAGAAUAAAAACAACGACUUGACUAAAACUAAAGCAGCAAUACCCCCAUGGCAGCAUCGGCUCCAGAAAAAGAUAGCCACACUGAGGAAAGAAAUUGGAGUCAUAACACAACAUUUGAAAGGAAACCUAAAAAAGAGACCCCCGCAAAACAUAUUACCAGAUAUCAGCUCAGAAGAAUCAGUAGUAGAAAUAUUAGAUACUAAAAAACAACAACUACAGGCACAAGCAAAAAGACUAAAACGAUACAAGAAGAGCCACCAAAGAAAACAAGAAAACAAACUUUUUAACACAAAUGAAAAAAGGUUCUACAGAUCUCUCGAAACAACGGAACAGCAAAUAAACAAUCCACCAUCAUUACAGAAGUAA